AUGGCGGCAUCAGUUGCGAUUGGGCUGAGAACAGCAUUUGUUGUGUUGGGCUGUAUCAUCACCGCCACUGUCAUUUACACCACUGCCACUGAUGGACUCCCUUUCCGCAAAGAACUACUCACUCCGUGGAUGGCAGCAACUCUGGUCGACUUCUAUAUCAAUAUUCUGGCAAUAGGGGCAUGGAUUGUGUAUAAGGAAUCCAGCUGGAUUCGGGCACUGAUUUGGAUAGUUUUGCUUCUAUGUUUAGGAAGCAUCACCACAUGUCUGUACAUUGUUAUGCAGUUCCUAAAGCUGUCUUCUCAAGAAUCAAUACAAAAUCCUAUUUAUUUUGUGCUGAAGAAUAAGAAAAUGGAUGAAGCAGAAUCUGAGAGUAUCGUAUCAGUUGUAAGUGCACGGGUUCUUUUCAGUUUCUUGGGUUGUCUUAUGCUUGGCACAUUGGUUUACACAAUUGCCACCGAUGGAUCUCCUUUUCGAAAAGAUCUUUUAACUCCGUGGUUGACAACAACACUGAUUGAUUUUUAUGUUAAUGUUAUUGCUUUAUCGGUUUGGGUGGCAUAUAAGGAACCUAAUUGGUUAACUGCAGCAUUUUGGAUUCUUUUGUUGAUCUGCUUUGGGAGCUUUAGUACAUGCGUCUACAUUGUCCUACAGCUUUUCUGCCUCUCAUCUCAAGAUCCCGUUUCUCUUGUUCUUUUCAGCAGCAAAGAUAUUAGGGCAGGAAACAACUAUGAGAAAGCUGCGCAGGCUGAUAGAUACAUGUAG